AUGUCCGCUCCCCAGAUCCCGAACCUCAACACGCUCCGUCGGGGCGGCGGAGGUCGAGGCCGUGUUCUCCGGGGCCGCGGCGGAGCUGGCGUCAACAACGAUGACGGCAAUCAUCACCACACAGGCAGUGCGGCCAAAGACAGAGUCGUGCAAGGUACAGAUAACGACGCCAGCGUGUCCCGAUUGAGCGCGGUGGAGCUGGGAUACUUGGACGAUCCGUUUGCUAGGGUAUUGACUCCCUCUACUGGUCCUGGGACGAGACGGUUUCCUAUCAUCAAUCGAGAUAAGGGCGAUCCGUUCCACGCCUCUCUUGCAGAAGGCGCUACGUAUCGAGAAGCCCUCUGGAGAGAAGGAGAAGGGGAGGACGAUGUGACGAUUUCCGCCGAAGGUGAUGCGCUGCAUUCACCGUUCUAUCAUAUCCACCCUAUCGAUCUAAGAUCCCUUGCCAAACCGCCUGCAGCCGACUCGCAGUCGCAUACCUCUUCCGAUUCUCCUUCGGACCCAGAGCAUACUUCUUCACAGGGCAAUGCUCCUUCCGUUCUCCUGCCAGGAGUUGAUACUUCACUACCCACGCUACUCCUUUCAGAAUGCUGUCUAGUCUAUUUAUCCCCGGAAGAUGCUGCGGGGGUAGUCGAUUACUUCACAAAGACUCUCUUCCCACGGCCUGCUGCUGGAUCUGACGCCGUCACCCCUCUGGGAUUGAUUCUGUAUGAGCCCAUCCGCCCCGACGACCCCUUCGGGAAGACAAUGGUCUCCAACCUCGCUGCACGAGGUAUUCAGCUCCAGACUCUCCACAGAUAUGCGUCGCUGGAUGCUCAGCGACAGCGGCUCCGUGACCACGGGUUCGACGCGGGACAAGGGGCCGCCGAUGUGGACUUGAUCUGGGAGCACUGGGUCAGCGACGCUGAGAAGGAGCGGGUAGCGAGAUUAGAAAUGCUGGAUGAGAUGGAGGAGUGGAAGUUGCUGGCGCAGCAUUACUGUGUUGCUUGGGGAUGGAGAGAGGGAACUGGUACUGCUGCAGGAGCGUUUGAUCGCUGGAAAGACGUCCAAGCGCAGUCGACAUCUUGA